AUGGAUUGGGCUGCUCCUGAACGAGGUGUUGUCUCGGAAACCAUGCAAGGAGAAGGACAACAAGGAGAAGGACAACAUCAAGAUCAAGAAGAGAUGAUGAAGCCUCCUGUUUUUGGAGGAAGUUCCUCGUCUUCGACCAAGGCUGAAGGAAUUCCGCAUGUUGGUACUCACGAUCGUCAGGUAUCUACUUCUGAUGGAGGUUCUAAUAUGCUGGACUCCGUUGCAUCCGUGAAGCCAACAGGAAAAGAUGCAACGAAGCAAGCCAUCAAAGAGUGGAAGAAAAAGUUCAACGCUUACAAAGCCGCUCUGGAGGGGGCUCAGGAGAACAAGGGGAACAAUUCUUUGGAGGCUCAGGAAAUGGACAAACUUUCUGUUGGUGGUGAGGCUAAUGGAGGAAACGGAAGUACCAACUCGACCCAAGGUUCCGGUUCUGCCGUUGCUGGAGGAAAUACCAAGUCGAAAGAGCGCAACCAUGUGGUGGAUGCCGCUCUGUCCGUUGUAAAGGGUGCCCUGCUGCAGUUGUUCAAGAUUCCUAACGGCCACAGCACUCUGGAGCGAGAGUCCAACUUUGGUAGAAACAAAGGCCGCAUUCAGGUUGUAGUCCAUGAUGCUGGUGCUGAGGGCGAAGACCCUCUGAAGAAAACCAACGAGGACUUGGAGGAAAAAGCUAAGGACCUCAUGUUGCAAGCGGGCUUUUUUCAAGGAAAAUUGCAGACUUUGGUCAGCGACGUGGUAGACGAAGACAAGGCUUUCCAGGUGUACCAAUGCUCCAGAACCGAAGCGGAGGAAAGAUAUGGGCAAGCGAUGUACGAAAGUAACUUGCCAUCGCAUGUGAAAGAAGUUCGUCUCGCUUACUUGCAAAAGUGGGCUGUCAAUCUUGCGGGACCGACGAAUAAAACGCUGCGCUCAACUGGUGUCAUCGGCGCCAUUUCGAUCGAUAAGAUCACUUUCAAGAAGAAAAAUCUCAAGUCGAAGUCGCGUGCGGACGCGGAAGGUGUGGCGAUCGUAGUCAAUUUUUCGGUCGACGAACAACGCAUGAAUGAGGUGAUGAGCAGUCUUGGAAACUCAGCAAUGGAGGCCGAGUAUUUUGCUGACGAGGAACUGGCUACUGUGGACGUUGCGCCUACUGUGGAAGAUAUUCUAGCCCCGAACGCUCAGGAAGUCAAGAAAUAUCUCGGUUUGAGUACUGAAGUAGACGCAGUACUAGUCGAAGAAGAUGAUCAUGAACUCACUGAGCAUACGGUUGUGAUCCCAACAGGAGAAGAGGGUGGCCAAAAAGUGACCGCUUACGAAGUCCAGGGUGAUAAGGAUGGAAACAUCGACUACGAUAAGAUCGUCUCCGAGUUCGGUUGCAAGCACGUCACAGAGAGUGUCGUACAGCGAAUCGAGCGACUGACAGGCAAAAAGCCGCAUCGUUACUUGCGCCGUGAGAUCUUCUACGCCCACAGGGACUUGAACUUGCUCCUGGACAAGUACGAGGCCCAUCAGAAGAAGCAAAAGUCCCUGCUCAAACAAGGCCUCAAGCGCGACACUGUGGAGUACCCGUUCUACCUGUACACUGGUCGCGGUCCCUCUUCCGACAGUCUGCACUUGGGCCACUUGGUGCCGUUUAUCUUCAAUAAGUGGCUGCAGGAGAUCUUUGAGGUCCCGUUGGUCAUCCAGAUCACGGACGACGAGAAGUUCUGGGCCAAGCACGACUUGACGUGGGAUAGAACGUACCAGUUGGCCAGACAGAACAUCAAGGACAUCAUGGCUCUUGGUUUCGAGGCCCACAACACGUUUAUAUUCAUCGACACCGAUUACAUUCCCUUCAUGUACCCGGUCACCUCGAAGCUGGCGGAGAAGGUGACGACCGGCCUGAACAAGGGCGCCAUGGGAUUCACCGACUCUACCAACGUGGGGAUGAACUGGUACGUGAACAUGCAGGCUGCUCCGUCAUUUAAGGCUCAACAUUAUACGUAUAUGUUGUCUUCAUUAGUAGCAUGUCAAUCGACAUUAUACGUAGCAUGUCAAUCGUGUAAGGCUCGACAUUAUGCGUAGCAUGUCAAUCAUGUGUGGUCAUUAGUUCAGGGCAUUGUCACGUGCGUUCUAGCAUGUCAUGUAUUUGUUCAUUAGCUUAUAGCAUAAAAAGUAUGUGGCGUCAUAUUUCCAGUAGAGGUCGUUAUCGUUUCUAUCAAUUUGUUCCCUAGAAGAUGAAUUGGGUUCGGUAGAAAUUGUGUAGGCAAGAAGUGAAUUGCAAUUGCUAUUGCUUUGAGUUGCUCUAAGUCAUUCUCGGACAUGUUUCCGAUGAUCUUUGGCCCUGGUCAGACCGAUGCAAGAGGUGAAGCAGUGCAGGUGCCUUGUUUGAUUCCCUGCGCCAUCGAUCAGGACCCGUUCUUCCGUGUCACGAGAGACGUUGCGUCCAAGCUCAAGUGGGCCAAGACCUCGACUUUGUACAGCAAGUUCUUCCCGGGCCUCAAGGGGCAAGGUGGUAAGAUGAGCAGCAGUGACAAGGACUCGAAGGAUGCCACGAUUUUCAUCGACGAUACUCCGGCGGAGAUCAAGCGCAAAGUGUUCAAAUAUGCCGUUUCAGGCGGUCAGCAAACUGCGGAACUGCAGAAGCUACACGGCGCAGACUUGAGCAAAGACGUUUCCUGGGCCUGGUUGCAAUACCUGAUCGAGGAUGACCACGAACUUGCCAACAUUGGUCGAGACUACGAAAGCGGGAAAAUGCAGACUGGGCAAAUCAAGCAAAUCCUCGUGGACGCAUUGGUCGAGGUGACGUCGGAGAUUCAAGCAAAGCGAAAACAAAUCACAGAGGAGAUGAUCGAUGAGAUUACCGAUCAUCGAUUGGAUAAUUAUGGCUCCCCUUAUUUUACAAUUACACCGUCGUAGUGCUGCUAGAAGUACUGCUCCCUUCACUUGUUGUACUACACAAUACUAUCUUAUGGAUACUUAUAAUUGUUCUCAUGAUAGUAUAACAGUGUCUGUAGUGGUCUGUGGUGCUGAAAAUAUUCCAGGAAUAACAAGGCGUGGGAUUGUAAAUAGAGCAGGCAAAUAAAGCAGGUUGGAAUUAAUCUUCUAUACGACCCCUAGAAUGUGAAUGGGAGCACACAACUAACAACUCCUACUACUAGUAAAAAGUAAGUACUUACUUUCUCCCCGGCGUCUAAUCCACGCGCGCAACCGCCUGGGCUUAUCCCUUCUACGCUCCGAAGGGCGGAUGGGAGAAUGCCAUUCGUCCUCGUCGAAUCGAAUGGGAAGUCGUGCCUGCUGGAUACUCAACUGUACAGACAUCGAAGUUGAAAUCCCUGCAGAAGUCAUCUGGAGCGGAAGGUGGAGAGAAUCAUAUGGAUGUCGAUGAUAUGGACUGUGAAGAAGAGCAGUGCUGA